UGCGUCUCUACCUAGGUAAUUAGCCAAGGUGUGGUGCCUCUCUAGACGGUCUCUACCUUAUCUUAUAGCCAUAAAUGGAAGUCGAUGGUCGGAUAUUUUGAGUGCAGCGUCGGGAUCUUUGGCCCCCGAGGGGGCUGUCUAUGGGGAGGGUUUCGCAGCAGCCUUUCAGUCUCGCUUGUGUUGUUCCCGAAAGGGGCCGAUCUCUUCGUUGCUUUCACGUCCCUGGUGGUUCUCCCAUUUAUUUUGGGAUGACAAGUGCACUUUCGUUUUUCCCAGCUAAGGGGACGGAGGAUUUAUUAUCUCCUUCCUCGGGGCGUUUUCUUGUUUUCUUGUUUUCUUGUUUUCUUGUUUUCUUGUUUUCUUGUUUUCUUGUUUUCUUCUUUUCUUCUUUUCUUCUUUUCUUCUUUUCUUCUUUUCUUCUUUUCUUCUUUUCUUCUUUUCUUCUUUUCUUGUCUUCUUGUCUUCUUCUUUUCUUUUCUUCUUCUGUUCCUCCCUUUCCUUUAUCGACAUUCAGCCUCUUCCUUGCCUUGUUUUCCAUUUUAGACCGUUCAUAAUUUCUAUAAUCAGUGAUGCAAGGCGUAAAACGCGCACCGUUCCACUUCGCGUCACUAGCACGAAACCUACACUCGAAACGGUUUGCCAUGACACCACGAUUCGAGAAAGAAGACAGUCAAACCAGCAGCUGAACAGCCAUGGCGGAUCCGAUUCCUACUACUAUGUCUGCAGAGAAAGCCUCGUGAUUCGGCGGUCUAAACGGUCGCGG